AAUUCCAGAGAAAGCCCUUUCAGGUGAUCUGUGAACUCAGUGUAGGAAUAUUAUUUUAAACUCUCGGGAGUGGAAAAACACUGCAAUCGUGCAAAUGAUAAUCAUUAGUAUUUCGCAAAUUGCAUUGUAUUGCAAAACAGAAAAUGUAAAUAUUGACCAGGGUAUCCCCAGAGACCAGCCGUGUACAUUUAACUUGAUGACGACCAAUCUAAUAGCCAUUGACGAAGUUUGUGCAAAAAGACUAGAAUCGAUAUGGGUUGUUCUGCCAGCACCGAGGUGAGAGCGGUGUCUCCCGAUUUUAAUGCAAGGCAGAGAGCGGGAAACCAGAACAACCCAGGCCCGACCCCGGGGCCUCAGCACAACACCCACCCAAACCAACAUCAACAAAACGAAAAUAAAAACCACGCAAACCAACAUCAACAAAACGAAAAUAAACACCACACAAACCACAUCAACAGCCAACAGCUCCACGAUCCUCCCCCUGCAUACAACCAAAUCCAGCAAAACCCUGCCCCCCAACACGUGGAACCAAGUACAGCGGAUCCCCUGCCGGAGGAUACCCCCAUGGAUGAAUCAAAGUCUUAUCUAAAGAUAAGGGCGCCUUUGACGCCCCUCAAUCCCAAUUCAGGCCUAGCGGUUGACAUGAUUCACUUUGAGGGACUAGAAUCGAAAAUAGCCAAAUCUAAUGCUAUAUUGAGUGAAGAAAGUAGUGAGAAUAUGCAGCAUAGACUUGCAGCGUACGGUGUCUAUGCGGAAAGUUAUAGCUUAAGAGAACUUAAUGAGCACAAUAAUGAAAAGGGAUUCGUAGAUUUGUUAAGUUUCCAUGACGAUGCUAUUUCUAUGCCUGCUUUAUUUGAUCUAUGUAGCCCCUACACGUUCGCUAUCGAAAGAAAGAAAUUGCUAGAAUGUAACCCUGAUCUUCAAGAAUCUGAUUAUCCUUCAUGUUUGGAACAUCACCAUUUCGAAAGCCCCUUUUCUGGACCGUUCCUUAAUUUGCUCUAUGAUGGACUAGAUUGCAAAACGAUAGUUUUGUGCAUGAAAAAAUGUCGGGUGAGCAAGAUAAGAAUGGAUAAAAAAGAGGAAAUCGCAGACCUCAAACAGGAUAUCAAUGUCGUUAUGGAGGAAAUAUCAAGGAACGUUGAAGAGCUUGGUGAAAGUUUGCUCGAGUACAAAGACCAGCUCCAGCGCGCAUGUGCAAAAUAUAACGUCACUCUUGCUUCCACGGGUGAAAUAGAAGAAACGAAAGUUUCCGCUGAAGAUUUGAACGAAAAGGUAUUUCCACUUCCAGAUGUCUUUCAAAAAAAUCCUAAACUGUUUCGAAAAUGGGUUGAAACAUGGGAAAUUUUCGACACAAAAGGAGAUGGAUGGUAUUUCAAUUCGAAGCAGUGGGAACUGUUCGAAAAGGACAGCAGUGAGAUGAAGAUUGAUGACACGAAACUCCACCGUACAGAACUGGACGAUUCACCGCCUCUCGAUUUGUCCAUUGAGGGAGAAGCCGGGUGGGACGUGAUUCCGGUGGAUAUAGUUAAGAAUGACGUCACAACACCGCAGCAAGAGAAAACUUGGAAAAUUCGAGAGAAGCGAACGGACUUGAAUGAUCCGGUGGUUAUGGAGAAGAGACGCAUGGCUAUUGAGGAAUACUUCCAAAGGAUGUACGCAGAGAGGUUUACAUGGGCAUCUAAACGGGUGGUAGAAUAUAGAGGCUUUGCUGACAACUUGAUUAAAGGUGAACAAGAAUUUUUGGAGCUGUGUGAAAAAAGUUAGCUAGCUUCAAGACAAAAACUUGCACCAAAACACAUAACCUUAAAAUUUUACUUUUUGUAUGAAAAUAAAAUGUUGUUGGGAAGUAUAUGUUCAGUACGUGUUUUGGAUUUUAACUUUAAGGGAUAGCGUGUACCACAGGACUCCAGCCAAUUCUUCCUCAUGUCUUCUGUAGCUCUGUUUAGAGUGUAUUGUAUUAUUGUUUACAAAUAUUGGUAUUCGGUACUCACGUCUGUAAAGAACGCCUUUUUGGGGCAGUUUGCAUGAUUGUGGGUAUUUAGAGGAAUAAAUCAGUCGAUGAAGUAUACUAAAGACCAAAAGACGUUCUAUUUGAUCUAUGUUUACAGUGUCCGUUAAUAAAUAUAUGAAAAA